AUGGGAUGCGGCGCCCGUGCCAGGCCCACGAAUCAGAGCGCUUUGAAGCCCUGUGAGGCUGACAGCUCGGCGAAUUGCAGACAGAUCUCCGCCAGCCUGUCACAGUCAUCCUGCGUGGCAAUCCUGUCAUGUCCGGCGCCCGCGUCAGCGGGUGGAUCAGAUCGGAUCUUGGAGGUUCGAUUGAGCUGGUUUAGUAUGGGAUCCACGCUGAUGUUCCACAGUUUGGGCAUUCUGCUCUGUUGCUCGGUCUUGAGCAGCGUCUACGGUCUGGUAGAUGCUGAUGACGUUUUGACCAAAGAGGAGCAGAUCUAUCUUUUGUUCAAUGCCAAACGCAAGUGUGAGAGAGUUAUCAAGUCCAGGCACAAAGUGUCAGAUGGUUUCUGUUUUCCGGAGUGGGACGGCAUUGUUUGCUGGCCUGAAGGCGCCCCAGGGAAGUUGGUGUCCACUCCUUGCCCCGAGUACAUCUACGACUUCAACCAUAAAGGUUAUGCAUAUCGGCGCUGUGACAUGAAUGGUACGUGGGAACUGGCCACCAGCAAUAACAAAACCUGGGCCAAUUACAGUGAAUGUGCCAAAUUCCUCACACAUUACAACCAGAACCACGAGAAGGAAGUCUUCGACCGUCUGUAUCUCAUUUACACCGUUGGUUAUUCUGUCUCCUUGGGAUCGCUUAUGGUGGCCGUUGUCAUCUUGGGAUAUUUCCGGCGGCUUCACUGUACCAGGAACUACAUCCACAUGCACCUGUUCGUGUCCUUCAUGCUGCGCGCCAUUAGCAUCUUCGUGAAGGACGUGGUUCUGUACUCAGGCUCCGCCUUGGAGGAGAUGGAGAGGGUCAGCGUGGAGGAUCUGAAGUCCAUCACCGAGGCCCCGCCGGCCGACAAGGCGCAGUUUAUUGGCUGCAAAGUCGCCGUGACCCUGUUCCUGUACUUCCUGGCCACUAAUUACUACUGGAUUCUGGUGGAGGGCCUUUACCUUCACAGCCUCAUCUUCAUGACCUUCUUCUCCGACAGAAAGUAUCUGUGGGGAUUCACGCUCAUCGGAUGGGGGGUUCCAGCCGUGUUCGUGACCGUGUGGGCGACCGUCAGGGCCAUUCUGGCAGACACAGAAUGCUGGGAUCUGAGUGCAGGCAACCUCAAAUGGAUCAUCCAAGUGCCAAUUCUGGCAGCUAUAGUGGUAAAUUUUAUAUUGUUCUUGAAUAUAAUAAGAGUUCUGGCAACAAAAUUAAGAGAGACAAAUGCAGGCAGAUGUGAUACCAGACAACAGUACAGGAAGCUGUUGAAGUCCACGCUGGUCCUCAUGCCCCUGUUUGGUGUUCAUUACAUCGUCUUCAUGGCCAUGCCCUACACAGAGGUCUCAGGGGUCCCGUGGCAGAUACAGAUGCACUACGAGAUGCUCUUCAACUCAUUCCAGGGAUUCUUUGUGGCGAUAAUUUAUUGCUUCUGCAAUGGUGAGGUGCAGGCAGAAAUUAAAAAAUCGUGGAGCAGGAGGACGCUGGCUUUGGACUUUAAGAGAAAAGCCAGGAGCGGCAGUAACACGUACAGCUAUGGACCCAUGGUGUCGCACACCAGCGUGACCAAUGUGACAGCGAGGGGUCCCUUGGCCCUCCAUCUCACAACCCGACUGGGCCCCGUUUCCAUAAACGGGCACCGUAACCUCCCAGGUUACGUCAAAAAUGGCUCUGUGUCGGAGAACUCCAUCCCUUCCUCAGGACAGGAGGUGCACGUCCCGGAGGAGGACCCCCCGAAUGGGGCCGGACCCUCUGAGGAGGACAAACCAGCACCAUUGGUGGAGGAGGAGAGGGAGACGGUCAUGUGACUUCUUGUGCCACGACAAGGAACGUCACUGACUGUUGAACUGCUGAAAAUAAGAUGAAGGAGAAAUUUUUUUUUUCCUCUCAGGAUUGUCAUGUGAGGAUGCAUGGGACAAAGUGGUCAUUUUCAAUCCUGUGAUUUUGAAUCAGGAUAUCGCAGAUCAGAGAGGCAGUAAGCACUCUGCUAAAGGGAACCUCUUUGAUUAUAACAGGCGAUCACAUACAGACAGUCUCUCAGUCACAUCUGGACCAGGUUCCUACAGGUCUA